AUGGAUGAGGCUCUGAAGACGGCCUUUACCAGCGUGCUUGCUUCUCCGCCAGGUGCAACAUCAAGCGGAGCUCGACUGGGGUAUGCCACGCUGCAUCGAGACGUCUACGCGGCAGCUAACAGGGGCGAGGAGGAGGUGCACGCCCUCGCUGCCCUGUUCCACUAUGCGGCCGCGUCGUCCCUCCGUAGCUUCCUUGCCACCCUUCCAGCCCCUCAGCUCCUGGACGAGUGGCAGCGAGUGCAGAACCUCGAUCGAUUUGUCAUCAAGCUCGUAAGCGGAAGACGUCGCCUGCUCAGCCUUCACCCGCACUUGCCCGCCGUGGGAGCGCUGGCCUACCGCGACCUCCUCGCUCACCACCCGGCAGUCCUGCGUGUGACCGCGAUGGCGGAGAGAGGGUCUGGAGGAAGCUUGUGCGAGGGCAUGGACAUCGAAGUCGCGGCUCCGACUAGAACUGACCAACACGUCAACACGCAAGACGAAGCAGAUGACCGCAAUAAGACUAGGCUACAGUCUGCUCUCGAAACUAUUCACAAAGGCGUGGUGGAGGCCAUCGCCAAAGCGGAAGAGAUGAGCGAGCUGCGGUUGGCCUUGCCUGAAGUACAGAAGCCAUUCCCGCGCACCCGGUUCACGCGCACCAAGAAUAUCCUUCACGACUUGGACGACAUCUCGUUCUUGCGCCCGUCUGCCUUCUCUCCCGACCAGGUGAAAUACGUGGACCUGCACCUGGACCAAAUGGGAUUCGUGCUUGAAAACGUGUUUUCGGUGGACGAGUGCCGUGCUCUCAUCUCCGAGUCCAAGCGCGUGGGCUACGGCAGCCUCGAGGGCGAAUUCCUUCCCUCAAUGCGGGACAACAAGCGCGCGUUGAUCAUGUGCCCAAAGCUCGCUGAUGAGCUGUGGAAUCGGGUGAAGUCGUUCAUCGAACGCGAUGCGCGCGUCCUCGCCCUCCGACCGUUUGGAUUCAACGCACAGGGAACUUGGAAGCCGACGCGCCUCAACCCCCUCUUCAGGUUCGUAGGUUUCGUGCCACAUCGCGACGCCAGCUUCAUCGGAGGUUCAGAGGAGCGCUCGAUCUUCACCAUCAUGCUGUACCUCAACGACGAGUUCGAAGACGGCACCACCAACUUCCUCCACUCGCACACCGGCGGUCGUAUAGAUGAAACGAUCGACGAGGAGCUAAAGCGAGGGUACGAUGUGGUCUAUAAGCUGCGGCCAAAGCCGGGGCUCUGCGUGAUCUUCGAGCACACGAUUCUCCACGAGGGAGCACCGGUGCCGCAGGGACACAAAACCGAAAACCCCAAGGCGGGCGACGAGUCGUACCGCACGCAUCCGCUCUACCGCCGAAUGGUGCAGUACUACAAGUUUCACCUCUUCAAGAGGCUCGAGAUGGGGAACCACUCAACGGGUGGUGCGGUGCAGGACGCGGCUGACGAGGAGUGUCACGGGCGAGUCGACAAGUCCAGCGAGCUAUACGAGCGUGCCCUGUCCAUUCGUCAGUGGUACCGCGAGGCUUCGUCCUGA